CUGACGUAGGUGAGCAGCGCGCGCGUCCCGCUCCCUUGAGGAAAAAAAGAGCGUGAACGCGCCUCUAUCCUCCUCGCUGCUACAGUGAAUGCGGGCAUCCAGACGCCUGACUGAGUGCGGCUGUUCUUUACCGAGAGCUCGGAUGCCAAUGCAUGGAAAGGGUUCUGUCGAAGCCGAAAGGUAGAGAAGGCAAAUAUAUCUUCACACGAACGUUCAGUGUAAGUGAUGCUACUGCAAGUUGAAGUCCUGGAAGUAAAACCGCAGCAGAUUGGGAAUAAACGGAUAGAUCGGCGUUCCCCGUUGCAGAGCGCACUCAGUGCGUUUGGAAUACAGAGACGCAGCGUGGAAUUACUGGAGCCCUCAGUUUGUGAACUAAAGUCCAUUCGUUUUCUACCGCAUUUUAUUUUUUUAUCGUAUUUCUCUUGUUUCCCUUCUUUAUUUUCGCUACUUUUUUCUUUGAUUCGGUUCGUCCUUUCUCCCAUUCUGUUCUAAUGUCAUUUAGUAGCCUAUCAGCCCUUUUCAGUUAUUUUAUUUCCUCAUCCUCCGAAGAUACUCGGAUUCGUUUUUGGGAGGGUAGAUUGUGGUAAAAAGAUACUCAAUCUCAAACUGAGUCGUGUCAUGGAUGGCAAAUUGUAUUUGCAUCUACGGAACAAAUCGGGGAAUAUAGAAUAACUACUGCUGACAGAGACAAGGACAAAUGACAUAGGAUGAACACUGCUGGUCAUCUCUGUCUGUCUGUGCUGUCAUCCCUUUUUGCACUGUCCUGGGCCGUGGAGCCGCUGGGUCAGGCCGCCCCCUGCUCCUCUCUGGUGACUGGGGUCUUAUACGGCUCCUUCUCGCUCAGGGACCUCUUUCCCAGGCCGUCGGCUCUGACAUCUGGAUGCUCCUGGACUGUGGAGAACCCUGACCCCACCAAGUACUCGCUCUAUUUCCGCUUCAAUCGCCAUGCCGGCGCGUGUUUAGCUUUUUCCCCGCUGGUGCUGCCUCUGGACCACUACCUCUCAAACCAGACCUGUGGCCCCCCAGACCAGCCCACCUUCCCCUCGGACCCUGAAGCUGUCGAGCUUUGCAUGGUCCCAGGACCCCACACCUUCCUGCAGUUCGAUAAGAACUUUGUGCAGUUGUGCCUGACCACUCAUCCCAACAAAGACGGUGACAACAGAGAUGGGACGUCCGAGGGCCAAGCCCCCUUGUCGGCGGAAACUCUGGACUUCCGGCUCGUAGAGGUUCUGCUCAUUAAUAAUGAGAAUUCGAGUCAGUUUACGUGUGGAGUCCUGUGCCGAUGGUUUGAGGAGUGCUUGCAUGUCGGCUCAGGCUGGGAAACCGAGAGCUGCAGUAUCACCCAGACAGGAUGUGUUUGUCCCAACACGGCCCCUCCGGUCUCCUUGCUGCCCACUGCGCCCCAUAACCACUCUUUAGACCCCAGCGUGAGUGUGUUGCAGUCCCCACCCGACGACUGUUGUGUGACACAGCUGCAUUCAAAGAAUGGCAUCGCUAUAGCACCCAGAGAUGUCCGGCAAGAACCUGAUGAUGAUGAGCAGAAGGUGAAGACACAAAGGCCACGAUCAGCUGACCAGCCAGGUGUGUUUCAGGCCCAGACAGGUGACCCAGCAGCGGAGGAGUGGUCUCAGUGGAGUGUGUGUUCACUGACGUGUGGGCAGGGUUGGCAGGUUCGUUCUCGCUCAUGUGUGUCCUCUCCAUACGGGACCCUCUGCAGCGGCCCGCUGAGGGAAACCCGACUCUGCAACAACACUGCCACCUGCCCAGGUGAGCCGCAGCAUCAAGCAGUGGAGGGCCAGUGGUUGGACUGGGCGGCCUGGUCUCAGUGCUCUGUUUCCUGUGGCUCUGGAACUCAGCAGAGGCAGCGGCGCUGCAGCGUUUCAGUUCAUGGCUGGGCGGAGUGCAAGGGGCCACAUGCAGAAACUCGUGAGUGCACCAAUCCGUCCUGUGGGGGUGGAGGCAACUGGGGUGCUUGGAAUCACUGGAGCUUGUGCUCCAAGACCUGUGACUCAGGUUGGCAGCGGCGGUUCCGUAUGUGUGAAGGCACAGGGAUCCAGGGUUACCCUUGCGAUGGCUCUGGAGAGGAAGUGCGCUCAUGCAAUGACAAGAAGUGCCCAGCACCUCAUGAAAUAUGUAAAGAUGAGUACCAAUUAGCCAUGGCGUGGAAGAGAGCCUCAGCCGGAGAGACGGUAUACAACAAGUGUCCAUCUAAUGCCACUGGAUCUGCUAGUCGUCGUUGUUUGCUGGACGCUAAUGGAGUUGCUUACUGGGGUCCUCCGAGCUUCGCCCGAUGUGUCUCACUUGAAUAUAGAUAUUUACAUUUAUCUUUGCGAGAACAUCUUGCGAAGGGUCAGAGGACCCUGGCAGGGGAGGGCAUGUCUCAGAUCGUGAGGAGUCUCCUGGAGUUAAUGUCCCGUAAGAAUUAUUAUAGCGGCGACCUCUUAUUCUCCGUGGAGAUUCUCCGAAAUGUGACGGACACCUUCAAGCGAGCAACCUACAUCCCAGCUCCUGACGACGUGCAGAAAUUCUUCCAGAUUGUCAGCUUAAUGUUGGACAUUGAAAACCUUGAGAAGUGGGAAGACGCUCAUCAGGUCUCUCCGGGUUCUAUGUUACUGAUGCGAGUUGUGGAAGAUUUCAUUCAUCUAAUUGGAGAGGCUCAAAAGCCAUUCCAGAGCUUUCUGGUUGUCACCAACAACCUCAUAAUCACCAUCCAGCGAGAACCAGUUUCAGCUGUUUCCAGUGACAUCAAUUUCCCCAUGAAGGGGAGGAGAGGGAUGAAAGACUGGGCACGUUCUGCAGAUGACAAACUCUUCAUCCCCAAAGAAGUCUUCACCCUGUCUUCUGAUGAAUCAGACGACACACCGUAUUUUGUCAUCGGAGCGAUCCUGUACCGCACCCUCGGCCUCAUAAUGCCCCCACCAAAAGAUCCAUUCGUGAUCAGCUCGAAGAUUCUGACUGUGACGGUGCGUCCCUUACCCAAGCCCACCGAGCCCUUGGUAUCAGUGGAACUCGCCCCUUUGCUCAAUGGCACAACGGAUCCUCAGUGUGUUGUCUGGGACUACGGAAACCCAGAGGCUGGCGAAGAAAACUGGGACGCAGAGAGCUGCCAAACGCUCCCAUCGCCGGCAGUCUCCCACACCAAAUGUCUGUGCAGCAAGCUGUCCACCUUUGCAGUGUUAGCGCAGAAAGCUAAAGAACCGGGUAUGGGGCCCUCCAGUAUGCCGUCUGUGCCCCUCAUGGUGGGAUGUGGCAUAUCCUGUACGGCUCUACUCAUUCUGCUGCUCAUCUACGCUGCCUUUUGGAGGUACAUACGUUCAGAGAGGUCCAUCAUCUUGGUGAACUUCUGUCUGUCCAUACUGGCCUCCAAUGUGCUGAUACUGGUGGGACAGUCCCAAACUCUCAGUAAGGGACUGUGCACUGUUACUGCUGCCUUUUUGCACUUCUUCUUUCUGGCCUCUUUCUGCUGGGUGCUGACAGAGGCAUGGCAGUCCUACCUGGCUGUGAUUGGCAAGAUGAGGUCCCGCCUCAUUCGCAAGCGUUUCCUGUGCCUGGGCUGGGGUCUUCCAGCCCUUGUGGUCGCUGUAUCUGUGGGUUUUACCCGGGCCAGAGGUUACGGCACGCCAAGUUAUUGUUGGUUGUCUCUGGAAGGAGGGCUGCUGUAUGCAUUUGUCGGCCCCGCUGCUGUCAUUGUACUGGUGAACAUGCUGAUUGGGAUAGUGGUCUUCAACAAGCUCAUGUCUAGAGAUGGUAUCUCAGACAAAUCCAAGAAGCAGAGAGCAGGUCCGCCGUUGGAAGCGCGUAACAGGCUGCUCCUGAAAUGCUCCAAGUGCGGCGUGAUCUCCAGUACCGCCCUGUCCAGCUCUACCGCCAGCAGUGCCAUGGCGUCGUUAUGGAGCUCUUGUGUGGUUCUCCCUCUGUUGGCACUCACAUGGAUGUCAGCUGUGCUGGCCAUCACAGACCGCCGAUCAACCCUCUUCCAGGUGCUCUUUGCCGUCUUUGACUCAGUCCAGGGAUUCGUCAUCAUCACAGUGCACUGUGCAAUGCGCCGAGAGGUACAGGAUGCAGUGCGCUGCAGGAUGGGUGGGUGCAAAGACGACAGUGAAAACUCUCCAGACUCCUGCAAGAACGGCCAGGUGCAGAUCAUGACGGACUUUGAAAAAGAUGUGGACUUAGCGUGUCAAACAGAAAGAGGACAUCCAUUCAUUUUUAAGGAGGUAAACACCUGUAACCCUGCUACCAUAACUGGCACUCUAUCCCGCAUCUCCCUGGACGAUGAGGAUGACCCAAAGUUGUCAGCUCACCAGGAAGGCGUUAAUUUCAGCAGCCUGCCUGGGAACAUCCCACCUCCUAAUCUCCUGGUGCAGGUACCUCCUUUGGGUCCGUUGAAUGAGCUAAGCGAGCAGCCACUAAAGAAGGAGGUUAAUGUGGAGCAGCAAGGUCAGCAUCAACGAUCUGGACCCAUCUACUUGUGCACAGAGAGCGGGCUGGGUUGGCCCCGACCAAACCCUUCUUCCACCCAGGAUUCAGCUGGUGGUGUUGGUGGGGAAGGGGACUACAUGGUGUUGCCACGUCGGACAGUCAGUCUCAAGCCCCCUCCUCCAACCCAGGAUGAGGGGAAGCCCCUGAACAUUACAGUAGAUGACCCUCCCUUUCCUCCACCCCCUUCACCCCUGACUCUGCAUCCAGCAGAGAGUGAAGCAUACCCUGCAGACUUUGCAGCUGUGGACCACAUCAGCAUGAACCUAAACCGCUCCUAUGGCACACUCAAACAGUUGCCAGCCCACACCGGGCACACGCAUUCCCACACCAACACCCACACCAUGCAGGUCAAGCAGAAUCGUCCCUCUGUCCGGCAGAUCCUCACCUCGGGGACAGUGGAGCGCACCAGAACCCUUCCCCGCAACCUGGGCAGCACCAACACCAGCCUCUCGGCUGGAUCUUUGGAAAGGAAAAGAGUACGGUACUCUGAGCUGGACUUUGAGAAAGUGAUGCACACUCGUAAAAGACACUCAGAGCUCUACCAUGAACUCAACCACUCCACCAAGUUCCACACCAUAGACAGGUAUAACAGGGACCCUGCCAUGUCCUCCUUUAAGUUUGACUGUAGCCAGGCAGUCAGCAGACCCAAGGGGCGACAAACAGAGAAAAGAGGGAAAAGCGAUGGAGCAUUUCGUCUGCCGGAGGUGAAAAGAAUUCUUCGAGUGACAAGUCCACCACAGAUGACCAGCGAUCCUGGGACAGCUUUAAGACCAUGAUCCCUGAGCAGACGUGUGGCUCCAGCGAACAUAAGGACAGACUGGAGUUACGCGGUAAACCCUGGGACACAUCCUCUGCCAACACACCUGACACAUCCGAAGGAGACUUCCAGACUGAAGUGUGAAGAGAACACACACCUACAGCAAACUGAGAGACAACUAAACCCUCUUACGUACUCGCGCUGUCAGUGAUCUUCAGCAAGACGUGUUCUAAAGGAUUCUGUACUUGUUUACAGGUGUGAGGACAGACCAGAGAUGAAGAGUGCUCUAUUCUAUAUUUUCACACAGAGACAUUAAAUGAAAGCGUGGGGCCAGGAGAGUAUGGUUAAAAAAAACAAAAAAAAAAAAAACACUGUUUCUGAAAUGUCUUGAUUUUAAUCCAGAAAGGAUCCUCUUUCUCCCGUUUGAUGAUUUGGGAAUUUAAAUGCACCCUUCUUUUUAUAGAGAAAAGAAAAUCAGUACUGAUGAUUCGCACACAGUUUAAUGACCCCUUAGGGUUUUUUUCCUCCUUUCUGUCUUCUCAUUCCUUGGAUGAUUCAAGUUCAGUUUCCCUUUUUCUUGCUUUGUUUUUCGGGGAAGAGGGAGGGGAAGUUUUGCAAGUAUUCGUUAAUAUGUGCCAUCCUCUGCUUUUUUUCCCCUCUGCAUCAGAUGAACUGUACUUUUUUUCUGUUAGAUUGCU